UUUAGCAUGCUACCAUGGGACAAGUGACCACUCCUGUCAGCGAGGGAGGUCGGGGUGGUCUGCUGGCGAGGGAGAGGCUGUAACUUCUGCGUGACCAUGGUACCUGUUGAAAACACAGAGGGCCCCAAACUGCUGAACCAGAAGGGGAGAGAGGCGGAGACCGAUGGCAGCUACGGAGCCUGCGGCGGCCGGCGUCCUGCCUGCCGGGGAGGUUGCAGCCUGUUUACUUUCCUGACAUCUGUCACCGCGGCUCUCAGUGGCCUCCUGGUGGGUUAUGAACUUGGACUCAUCUCUGGGGCUCUUCUUCAGAUCAGAGCACUACUAUCCCUGACCUGCCACGAGCAGGAAAUGGUUGUGAGCUCCCUCCUCAUUGGGGCUUUCCUUGCCUCUCUCAUUGGAGGGGUCCUGAUAGACAGGUAUGGAAGAAGGAUUGCAAUCAUCUUGUCAUCCUGUCUACUUGGACUUGGAAGCUUGGUCUUGAUACUCAGUUUGUCCUAUACAAUUCUUAUACUGGGACGCAUUGCUAUAGGGGUUUCCAUUUCCCUCUCUUCCAUUGCCACUUGCGUGUACAUUGCAGAGAUUGCUCCCCAAAACAGAAGAGGACUUCUUGUGUCACUGAAUGAGCUGAUGAUCGUCACUGGCAUUCUUUUCGCCUAUAUUUCAAAUUACGCAUUCGCCAAUGUUUCCCAUGGAUGGAAGUAUAUGUUUGGUCUUGUUAUUCCCUUGGGAAUUUUGCAAGCAGUUGCGAUGUACUUUCUUCCUCCAAGCCCACGGUUUCUGGUGAUGAAAGGACAAGAGGAAGUUGCUAGCAAAGUUCUUGGAAGGUUAAGAGGGGUAUCAGACACAACUGAGGAACUCACUGUGAUUAAAUCUUCCUUGAAAGAUGAAUAUCAGUAUAGUUUUUGGGAUCUGUUUCGUUCCAAGGACAACAUGAGGACCCGAAUCAUGAUAGGUCUAACACUGGUAUUUUUUGUACAAGUCACUGGCCAGCCAAACAUCUUAUUCUAUGCAUCAACUGUUUUGAAGUCUGUUGGCUUUCAAAGCAAUGAGGCAGCCAGUCUCGCCUCCACUGGGGUUGGGGUCGUCAAGGUCGUCAGCACCAUCCCAGCCACCCUUCUUGUGGACCACGUUGGCAGCAAAACCUUCCUCUGCAUCGGCUCCUCUGUAAUGGCAGCUUCGUUGCUAACCAUGGGCAUCGUGAAUCUCAACAUCCACAUGAACUUCACCAACAUCUGCAGAAACCACAGUCCUAUCAACCAGUCCUUGGACGAGUCUGUUUUUUAUGGAACAAGAAAUCUGUCAGACAGCAACAGUACUCUCAGAGAGCACUUUAAAGGGGUCACUUCCCUCAGCAGGAGCUCACUUAUGCCCAUGCCAAAUGACAUGGAUAAGAGAGAGGAGGUCCCUUCGAUACCCUUACCAAAUGCUGGACUAAGCCAAACUGAACAUCAGAUAGUCACCGAUCCUGCUGAUGUCCCAGCAUUUUUGAAAUGGCUGUCCUUAGCCAGCUUGCUUGUUUAUAUUGCUGCUUUUUCCAUUGGUCUAGGACCAAUGCCCUGGGUGGUGCUCAGCGAGAUCUUCCCCGGUGGGAUCAGAGGACGGGCCAUGGCUCUCACUUCUAGCAUGAACUGGGGCAUCAAUCUCCUCAUCUCUCUGACGUUUUUGACUGUAACUGAUCUGAUUGGCCUGCCGUGGGUGUGCUUUAUAUAUACAAUCAUGAGUCUAGCCUCCCUGGUUUUUGUUAUUGUGUUUAUACCUGAAACAAAGGGAUGCUCUUUGGAACAAAUAUCAAUGGAGUUAGCAAAAGCGAACUAUGUGAAAAACAACAUUUGUUUUAUGAGUCAUCACCAAGAAGAAUUAAUGCCAACACAGCUUCAAAAAAAACCCCAAGAGCAGCUCCUGGAGUGUAAAAAGCUGUGUGGAAGGGGACAACCAAAGCAGCCUUCUCCAGAAACCUCAAGGCCUUAGGAAUGUUGAUACAGGAUAAGAACACUACCAGUGGCUUAUCUGCCACCCCCAGGUUUUUAUUCAGUGUCCUGAGCUAUUUUUAAAGGGACACCUGAAAUUAUAGACACCCUUUAUUCCCUCUUCCCCAAAGGGAAUCUCAAAAGGUAGAUGAAAUACAAGGCCCCAAGCAGUGUUUUUAUUUUGAGUAAGGUAUCAGGUGAAAGGAAAUUCUGGCUGGUUCAAUACUUUCUCCUUCACAGAGCAGGAUUUGAAAGACUAAAUCCUAGUAAUGAGAUCAACCUUUGCCUUAAGCUAUGUAUGUAUGAAGGCCAGUUGCAGCUUUAUUAUUCAGAAACACAGUUUUCUGGAUCUGAGCUUACAUUUUCCCCUACUAAGAUACUAUUUGCACUGGGUCUUGUGUAAAAAAGAACCAGGACAAACAAUGUAGAAAAUCUAGUUGCACACGUGUUCUAGAUCAGGAUAGGCUCCUGGCUAGGAUCUGUGGUAAUUCCUAGUUACAGUUCCACAAGUACAAAGAUUAUGGGAGCUUAUCUUAUGAAUUAUGAAGUACAAUUUAAUGCAAAAUAUACUACUUUUAUGACUUUCAUGUUAAUACUAUAAAAUAUUAAAAGAAACAAUUCUGUAAUACUUGAGAAAAAUAAGCAUUUUCUAUGUUUUUAUUUUAAUGAUUACAGAGGACAAUAUUAAAAUCUUGGGACCAUAUUUAUCUAGAAGUAGCUAUUAGUAAAAUAUCAGAAAAGGAAUCAGUUCAUUAGGUUAUUUAUCCAAAUCUCUAAGCAAUUAGGUUUAAGUUAUUAGGGCAAGCCUAUAUAUAGGUUCUCUCCUUGGAAGACUCUCAUAGUUUUUAGUAAUCCUUCGUUUCCUGCAAUUUCUCCCACAUCUCAGGAAUAUCUCUACCUCAAGUUAUGGCAGAGAGACUAUAAUUGAUGCUGACUUUCAGACACACAGACAUAAUAGAUGACAUUCAGAAAUCAGGACAGUUUCCUCACUACGUUCUUUGUGAAGAAAUAGAGAUGGCCUACCAAACCAGCAAAUUGGGUUUUUAUCCAACCAUGGUGGAUUGCUCUCCAGUUGAAUUUAAGACUAGAUAAGGUGAGAAUUUAAAAUGAAAGAAAAUCCAUAAUAAAUCUAGAACCACUUAAGUAAAAAUCCAUUAGGUUACUAAUAUAAACUAUGAAAGACACACAAAAAACUUUUAACGCAUGAACAACCUAACUUGAAAAAUAAUUUUUAAAAAUGAUUAAUCAAUAGAAAAGAGAAUCCUAAGUGUCAAAACCCCUUGUUAUUUAGCUUGAAAUUUUCCUACUGGCCCCUAACAAACUGUUUGUCCCAGUUUGAUAGAAGGUACAUUCUCUUAUAAAAAAGUGGAAAAGACUAAGUCUAUAUAAAAAUAGCAAAACACUAAUAUUAGAGACUCAGGAAAAUGACUAAAAGUCCUGGUUCUGAGAUAUAUUGCCUAAAUUAAAAGUAGGCAGGAAGGAGCUAAAAGGAAUGGGUAUUGAUUCUUUCAUAUGCAAAUUUGUGUGCAUUUUUUUGUUGUUUUGGAACAAGAAGGUAAAGUGUGUUCUUCAGAGGAUCAGUUUAACUUAUCAUGAAUUAUAUGCCAGGAUUUUUAAAAAUCAAGACGGUUAUUCAUGUUAUUAUUUUUUUUUUUUUUUUUUGCCAAGCAUCACAGAUUGUUUAAGGUAUUUAAAAAAAAAUUGUAUCACAAUUCCUUUUAAGUUCAAACACCAUAUAUACUUAUAGUUAUUUCUUGGUUUUGCCAUUCAUUGCAAAUGGGCAGAAAAUAAACCAAGACUGUGUGUAUUACUACUGACUUCAACUUUAGUAUCUUAAACAUUCUUUUAUAUUUUCCUUUUAUCAUCCUGAGUCUGUAAGCAGACAAUUUUGUCUUCAAACUAAUUUUUACCCAAUACCUGUCCCCUCCACCCACCAAAGUCUUUUGAUUUUCAAAAAUAAAAAAAGGGGAUAAUACUUAUAAUUGUAUGUAUAUAUUCACAGCUUUUAUUUAUAUAAAAAAUGUACAGUACUUGUGGAAAGCCAGAAGACAUCAGACACAUUCACUUCUUCCCAGCUUUGUCAUGCUUAGUGGAUCAUCCACAAACUCUGCCAGGUGGUGAGCGCACAGUGAACUAAACCCAGACCUGGUCAGGCUAGCUUUCCUCCCAGAUCAGAUAAAGCAUUUCCCUUUCUACUGAUAUGCAAAGUUUUCAAGUCAUCCAAACACUGAAAAUGUUACAUCACCUAGAUCUACACCAUCGUCUGGAUCUGUAUAAUUAUUUCCCCCACUCUUAUUUGUGAACACUGCAAGACAGUUUACUUAUUACUCUUUAUUAAAACUAAGUGGAAAAAUCUCAAAUUUUAAAAACAAUCUACCUAUAAUUCCUCAAUCUAACAUUAUUCUUUGUAUUUAUGAGUUUAGCUAUCCUACUGAUCUUGAAAUGAAGCAAACACAAAUGUUAAAAAAAAAAAAAAAAAAAAAAAAAACAGAAAAAAAGUGUAAAACUCACUUGAAUCUU